AUGGCUCCACCUUCAGUCGUUGACUAUAGUCAGCACCAGUCCUUCCUCCCUCAGGACGCACCACUGAUUCCAGACAUUCAAACCAGAAACCCGUUCGAUGUGCUGCCCUUCCCGGUUCUCGAAGAAAAGGUUUUUCUGACAAAAGUUCUCGAUAUAGACCUCAAGACCAAGGACAAUCAUGUAGCCAGGGACCCACGUAUGUUGAGGCUGACUGGAGGCCAUCCUUUCAACAGCGAGCCUCCGCUAUCUCUGUUAUACAAAAGUGGAUUUUUGACUUCUGCACAGUUGCAUUUUGUGAGGAACCAUGGGGCUGUUCCACAGGUGGCAGAUGAGGAAAUGCUGGACUGGACAGUGAGUAUUGAGGGAAUGGUGGACCGUCCAACGACUAUCAGUCUCAGAGAAAUAAUGUCCGAAAUGGACAUAUACACACAACCUGUCACCAUGGUCUGUGCCGGUAACAGAAGAAAAGAGCAAAACAUGGUCAAAAAAGGAACAGGAUUCAACUGGGGUGCUGCUGGAACGUCAACUUCGCUGUGGACUGGUCCCAUGCUGGGUGACAUAAUCGAAAAGGCUGGUCCUCACAAACGUGCACGGUAUGUGUGGAUGGAAGGGGGUGAUACACCUGCAAACGGGCAUUAUGGAACCUGUAUCCGCCUAGCAUGGGCUAGAGAUCCUGAAAGAGGUAUCCAGUUGGCAUAUAAGCAAAACGGGAGUUUUUUGCUUCCGGACCAUGGUAGACCACUCAGAGUGGUUAUUCCAGGAUGCAUUGGAGGUCGUUCCGUCAAAUGGUUGAAGAGACUGAUAGUCUCAGAUAAACCGUCCGAUAACUGGUAUCACUACUUUGAUAAUAGAGUGUUACCAACCAUGGUCACUCCUGAUAUGGCUAAAACAAAUCCUGAUUGGUGGAAAGACGAAAGGUAUGCUGUAUACGAUCUGAAUUUACAAAGUAUAACAUGCGUUCCUGAGAAUGACGAAAUUCUGAAAGUGAUCAAGGAUAACGUCAGCCAUGACUAUGAAAUUAAGGGAUUUGCAUACAAUGGUGGUGGAGUAAGGGUGGGGAGAGUUGAAGUGAGUCUGGAUAGAGGCAAGACAUGGAAACUUACUGAGAUUGAGUAUCCCGAAGACAUAUACCGAAAUGCUGGUUAUUUUCGUCUCUUCGGGGGACUCGUUAAUGUUUGUGACAGGAUGUCAUGCUUCUGCUGGUGUUUCUGGAAUGUAAAAGUGAAGAUAUCAGAGCUGCGUGAUUCCAAAGAUAUACUAGUUAGAGGAAUGGAUGAGAGAAUGGUGGUACAGCCGAGAAACAUGUACUGGAACGUGACAUCAAUGCUUAACAACUGGUGGUAUCGUGUGGCGAUAACUCAUCCUGAUCAGAAUGAUUUGAACACACUCAAGUUUGAACACCCGGUUAUUGCGAAUAAAGCUGGUGGUUGGAUGGAUAGGGUCAAAGCACAAAAAGGCGAUAUCCUGUCGGAAACAUGGGGUGAGAAUGAUGCAUCGGAUGCCGAUGGUGCAGGAGCCGCUCCCGGCGAGCCUGAAGUUGAUGAGGAUUUGGAAUGGAUGUGCAAUCCGGAGAAGAUGAAUGUGGUAAUUAGCAUGGAGGAGUUUGCAAAACACGAGAACGAGACAAACCCAUGGUUCGUUGUUAAGGGUCAUGUUUUCGAUGGAACAGAGUAUCUGGAAGAACACCCUGGUGGGGCCCAGAGCAUCACUAUGGUGGCAGGAACAGAUGCCACGGAAGACUUUCUGGCGAUUCAUUCUUCUUUUGCCAAAAAAAUGUUACCCAAAUGGCACCUUGGACGUUUAGAAAAUGCUGGUAGCAAGUCGGAUGUGAAAGGUGUGAAAGGUGCCGAUGUAGAGGAAGAUGUCUGCAACAGACCAACCUUGCUAGAUCCGAAAAAAUGGGUUUCCAUUGUCUUGGAUAAGAAAGAAAUCAUAUCUGCGGAUUCAAGAGUAUUUUCUUUCAAAUUGCAACAUCCAGAUCAGACCACGGGACUCGCUGUCGGAAAACAUCUCUACUUGAGAUUGAAAAACAAAGACGGGAAACAUGUAAUGCGUGCUUAUACCCCCAAGAGCUGUCACAGGACGAAAGGGAUAUUGGAGAUUCUGAUUAAGGUAUACUUUCCCAACGGUGAUAUACCAGGUGGUCAGAUGACAACUUUGAUAGAGGAAAUGCAAUUGGGUUCUCUGAUUGAAGUAAAGGGGCCAUUGGGUGAGUUUGAGUACCACGGUGAUGGUAAUCUUCUAUUCAAUGGCAAAAAGCGUACCGUGAAACACUUUGUGAUGAUUGCAGGAGGAAGUGGUAUCACACCAUGUUACCAAGUAAUAAAGGAGAUAUACUUUGAUGCAAAUGACGGCACAAAAGUAACUUUCUUCUUCGGCAAUAGAACGCCAGAAGAUAUACUUUGCAAAGAGGAGCUGGACAAAAUCUCGAGAGAGCGUCCCCAGAUCAAGAUGGAGUACUCGCUCAGUGACAGUUCAAAACUUCCACAGAACUGGUCUGGUCGUGUGGGAAGAAUCACAAGUGAGAUCCUGGAUGGGUAUAUCUCGGGAUUCGAGAAAGGUGACUUUAUGGUAUUGGUCUGUGGACCUCCAGGAAUGGUGACCUCGGUGGAAGAUUGGAUGAAGGAGAGGAAAGUCGACCGCAACGAUGUGGUGUUUUUCUGA